GCCUCCACGUUAUUGAACUCCACGGUCCGGCCUCCGCAGACAAUCCAGGCACAUGCUUAUAACAUUUCCAUCAUCACCGAUCGAGUCUGUUUAGGGGUUCCUUCUUUCAUAUUUAUCCAUUGCGACUCUGUUGAUGUAGUGAGAGCCGUCUGACGGCUGAAUAUUAUCAAUCAUGUCUAUCCGCGAGGAUCUAGUGACCUCUGCAAUUCAAUUUCUACAAGACCCAAGCGUCGCGUCAUCCUCGGUCGAAAGCCGCAUCUCGUUCCUUCGAAGCAAGAACUUGACUCAAGAAGAAAUCGACGUCGCGCUAUCUCGAACAGGUGGCAGCGCACCAGCAGCUCCCAGUGCGCCCUUUCCCAGCGCGCCUGCCGGCCCUCCUCCUGGUCAGCAAUACUAUCCCCCCUAUCCACAACAUGCCUGGCAACCACCACCACCUCCGCCGCGCAGGGACUGGAGGGAUUGGUUCAUCAUGGCUACGGUAGUUGGAGGAGUGUCUUAUGGUCUCUACGAGCUCGGCAAGCGCUACGUAUACCCCAAUGUAGCACCCCCGACACCGGAGAAGCUAGAACAGGACAAGAAAUCGAUCGAGGAUCAAUUCGACCGAGCUUUUACACUGGUUGAGCAACUCGCCAAGGAUACGGAGAGCUUGAAGAAUGCCGAGAAGGAAAGAACCGAGAAGCUAGAUACGGCGAUCGCGGAUCUCGAGACAGUUAUGACUGAUCUCAAGGCUUCCAACCGACGACGCGAGGACGAUGCGAACCGAAUCAGGGACGAGGUCCAGUCUCUCAAGGACGCGAUUCCCAAGGCUCUCGAGAACCAAAAGUCCCUGACUGAUAACCGCCUGCGCGAAAUCAACAGUGAGCUUACCAGCCUCAAGACAUUGGUUUCUCAGCGCAGCGCCACCGCGAGCUCCUCGACCAUGAACUACAUGAGAAAUGCUGGUGGUAGCGUGGGCACUCCUGCUGCCGCUGCUCCUACUCCUGGUGCUUCUACUUCUGCUGCUCCGAUCAACGGAGAGAAGGCGGCAGUUCAGUCGGCCACCACUACCCCUGCGGCCGAGGUUCCCAAGCCAACAUUCCCCUCCGCUCCUCAGCUUAACCGUUCAUCCUCCCCUCUUGCCAACAUGACAGGCAAGAAAUCUAUUCCGGCCUGGCAGAUGGCCAUGGCCAACCAGAAUGAUACUUCUUCGACUCAAGUCAAGGCUGACGAGUCCAAGGCUGGCGCAAGUUCAAGCUCUUGAAAAAGUACUGGAGUUUAGUUCACUUAAUUGUAUAGUACUUUAUGCAUCUAUAGUUUUGGGGUAAUAUGGGGGUUACGAGAUGGUGUUGCAGCGUUAUUACAUUACAAAUAUCAUACUUUGAAUAUUGCAACUA